CAAAACGCCGCCAUUUUCCUUGUUGUAGGUGCCUCAAAUGUCAUAAUAAUUUCAAUUUCCAUGUAAAAUAGAAUUUUGUUUCAUUUUUUAAGUUAUUCAAUAAGUUAAUUUAAGUGUUUUGCAACGUAUGAACGUAUUUAUAAGUUAUCAUAUUGUGUUCGUUCGUGUAUAUUGGUCUCGUGACAGUAGUUCAAGUUAGUCGUCAUUUCAAGGAUUCUCAAUGUCCUACAAUGAGGAUCAUCUUCAUAAAAGGUAGCAAGAACGUUCCGCCCACAGCGAGAGGAUAAUCCUAUGUUUUUGUGUUCAUAUGGUGAUGAGAACGCGAAGAGUGGUGAAAGUGCGCGUAUAUUGAUGGGACAAUGAGCGAUUCCCCAGGCGUGGAGUGGCUCCCCGCGUUCAGCCCUGGCCCGCCACGCCACAGCCCCCUAGGCCCUAUCCCGCGGUUCCUGUACGAGGAUGUGCAGCCCCUCGGCCUACAGCAGGAGAACAAUAACAAGGAGGCGGAUCAGAAAGAAAACACGAAUAAAAUCAAACACGCGAAGCCCGCGUACAGUUAUGCCAGUAUGAUCAGGUUAGCAAUCAGCAGUUCUCCAAACGGCAAGAUGACGCUCAACGAAAUAUACACGUAUAUAUGCAACGCUUUUCCUUAUUACAAAGAGGCCGGCAAAGGAUGGAUGAACUCAAUAAGGCACAACUUAUCUCUGAACAAGUGCUUCAUGAAGGUGGCGCGCAGUAAGGACGACCCCGGCAAGGGCUCCUACUGGGCGAUGGACACCAGCUACAAGAUGGCAGAGGUGGCGCCCAGGAGACGCAGGAGUUUACGGAUGGCCCCAUACAGUCCAGAGUGCAGCUCGAACAGUAGUGGCGAGGCCGGUGGCGUGGCGGGGGUUGACGCCGCCCCCACGCCGCCGCACACGCCCACCACGCCCUCCGCCCCCACCACACCCACUGACACCAACACACCUGCCACUGUCAAGGAGGAACCUGUUGUUAAGGAAGAACCAGAUUCAAAGCACACAGACGAUGCACUAUCAGCGCUUAUGAACGAGGAACUGAUGACGGACGUCGACAUUAUCAGUGAGCGCGCGUGGUGCCUGGGCCGGCGGCGGCACGUGUGCGGCGCGCUGCACAGCUCGCUGACGGACGACUACGGCAACUUCGUCGUCACGCGCUUCGACUGCGACUGCCCCGCCGAGCCCGAGCUGCCCGACCCCGCGCCGCCCGCGCCUCUCACCCCCGUGUCGCCGCUGGCGCCCUACGCGCCGCCGCCCUACUGGCACAACGAGAUUUUAUAACACCCAACGCACCCGCACUGACUCGCCCCGCCCCCAGCUCCCCCCCCACUCCCCGCAUAUCACGUUCGUGUGACGUCAAUUGUUUCCCCCAGUGUCGUACCCUCACGUCCAGUCGAUGCGUUCGACUACACUAUAUGAAACUUGACGUAGAAUAAGAGCAAAAUAUUAUACUAAGCAUGGUUAGAUGUUACGGAUUGUACGCAAAACUUUUGAUCAAGUUUGAAAGAUAUAUUAAAUACUAAUAUCUUAAUUAAUAAUUAUAAUCUUUAUAUAAAAAUUACUUGUUAUAAAAACUUGGUCAAAUAAAUUUUGCUCGUUUGGAUUGAAAAGUUAGCUUGAAGUUAAUAGCUAGGGAAUAGGAAAUGUGUUCGAAUGAAGCUUGCCAUUUUUGACACGUUUUGAAAUUUAUAUACUUAACUGUGGUACACGACGGAGGAACCUAAAAAAAUAUACAAAUAUUGCUUGCAAGCAAGGAGAAUUAUUCAAUCAACAAAAACAGAAAGAUGCAAUUUUUUGCAACAAAAUCAAAUUUAAAAUUCACAGUCCUUAAUCUCCGUCGUAGCCACGUGUAAAAAAAUAUAUACUCUAUAUAAACACGUAAAUAUACUUAAGUAUAUAAAAAGUUUUGUACCACAGACUUUAACAGAGAAAUAUUAUCAGAUCACCAACAUAUCUGUAAUUACGAAUAUAUAGCGUAGCUUAGUUACCUUAGGCAGGGAAAUGUAUUGUAAGCGUCGUAUGUUGUGGCAGAUUCCAUGCACCGCAGGCAAUGUGUGGCUACCUCGUAGGCACCUUGGAUGUGCUACCUUCUGUGUUCUUGUCAAUGGCAGCAAGUGUAAUCAAAGUCGAGGCGAGGUUGACGAAAUGUUGCAUCUACAUCAUUUAAAUAUUUGUGGGUGUAUUUUCCUAUAAAUUAGAAACGAAAUCAAAUGUCUAUUGUACAGUUUUUGCAAGUAUAAUUCCUCCGAAGGUAGCUUAUCCAAUACAAUCGGACGAUGUAAUAAAUAUAUGUCAGUAUUGGAGCCAGAGUGGUGACGAACAGAUCUCAGAAUGACCAGUAUAAUAUAUUAUUAUAAUUAAAUAUAUAAUAUUAUUAUAGUGUGCUAAUAUUUUAUCAUUUUAACUGUGCAUAAUGUAAUAUUAGUUACAUUUAGUUUUAACAUAAAAAUAAAUAUGAGUUAGUCUGUACGAAUUUAUAAUUUAAAUAUAAAGUAUGUAACUAUUAAUGUAUUUAAUAUGAAGUCACACUUAUAUACGUAAAUAUUGCUUUUUUAGGAAAUCGUAUAUCGGCCUAUUGAUAAAUAACUACUUACGUUGUAGUGUGCACUGGUCACUCCUUGUUAUACCGCUAUUUGUGGGAUAAAUAUUCAUCCUGGCAACAUUCACUCUAAUUGUUGCCAGUUCGACAUAUUUAUCUUAUGAGAGUUGACAUUUAAGUACAUAAUUUAAUAUAUAAAUUAAUUAAUGUUAGUAAGGAGGGGUUACUUAAUAAUUAUAUUGAGGAAUACGUUAUGAAUUGUUAAGAAAUGUUACAAACAGUCGUAUAACAAGCAGUUCCCGCGAGUGCACACGUUAGGUUCCGCUUGCCUAAAUUCUAUCGAUAAUUUCUAGUUUAUUUGUUAAGGUGCAAACACGUAUUUUUGUGCCAUAAUAGCGGGUUGAAGGAUGGCAUUGAACACUUAGAUUUAUAGAGAAAAAAAAAAGAAAAUAAAAACUGUCCCAUAUCUUAUUGAAAAAUGUGUUCAAAAAAGUUUUUUAGAAGUUGUACCUACAUACACGAGUAACGUUAGUGUCUGUAUAUAGUAGUAAUUAUUUUAAUAUUAACUGAAACACUUGGGAUGUUAUGUAUUGUAACAUUUUUACCCGUUUACAUUGAUAGUGCGAGCCACGAAUUUUUAUAUGUAAGUGCUCACAUAUUUGUAGAUUUAUUUGUGAGUUGAUCAUUUAUAUAUUGAAGCUUUGUUGAUUGUGAGAAACAGUCGAUAGUCCGGAGUGGAAAUAUGUGAGCAUUAUGUAUCUGUGCGACUCAGUGGUGCCGGCUGCCGUCAUAGUUAAUCGUGAGAUUAUAAUACAGUAACAUUGAUGUUUUAUUUAUUCAAUUUUAUUUUUUUACACACAAAUUCAUUGCUAUUUUACCCACGUGGGUAUAUGUCUUCUAAACUAUGAUCGCAGCUCGGCCGAGUAUGAUUCGUUGUCCUUGUGGUUGAUUGUGGUCUAUGUUAAACAUAUAGAUGAUAAUAUCAUUCAGUUUAGAUUCCUUUAUAAAAAAAACAACGUUAUUACAUUGGUUAAACAUUCCUCUGUCAUCGACACGUGUAACAAAUAGAACAUUUUUUUGUGUAUUUUUGCUAAACAAUAUAUGAACACAGUUUUAUCAGUGGUCUCGCUACUUGCAGUAUAUUUAUUUAGAAAUAUGUUUUAGUAUAGUUUUAUCUUAAAGUUUAGCCGAGUAGCGAGACCGGCAGUAUUUUCAGACAUUGUGACUGUCAACGGAACCGUAUUUUUAUGUACUUUAUUAUUGUUUUAAUGUAAAGGAGCGAUGUACUUUUAGUAUUUAGAUUUCCGCGACAGUGUUGAGACUAAUUACUAUGAACAAACAAAUAGGUCUACUUUGGGACACAUUACUUCAUUGGCAUUGAAUGACUUUUCAGGACAAUACUCUGUUCAUGUGAUGUGUCUCUGAGUAGUUGCAGAGUGUAUGUUAUGUAGAAAGUGUCCUAUCGAUAACAUUUAUUUGAUGUCAAUAGUUCAUAGCGCUGUACGGUGCUAUAUACAGGUAAGCACUAGUUCUUCUUACAAAUACAUAUAUAUCAGGUUCUGUAGAGGCCUUACCACAGAUAAAUAUAUUUUGAACAAUUGUUGGACACUUUCACUGUAACACCAGUACAGAGUUUAAAAGUUUUUAUUUUUUGAAAUGCAUAAUUUGAUACAGACAUAAUAAUCGUAACUUUCACGAAGAGGUGCAUAGAUUUAUUUGCCAUUAGUUGCCAUCUUAUAUUGUUUGAUAGUAUUUAUUGUUUUCUGUGAUAAAAAGUAAAGAAAAACCUUUUAUUUUUUGAAGAUGACAAAAUGAAGUACUUUGUAUUAUUAUUUUUAUUUUACUUUUAUUUAAUAUAGAUCCUUCAAAUGUGUCGUUGCAAAUAGUAUAUGUAUAAAGGUUAAAAUUCAGAAUAGUUGACUUGCAUUGUUGUAUGUACGUAAGUGUCAGUAGUACGAGACAUUUGAAGCAACUAUUGUAAUUAUACUUUUUAUAAUAUUGAUUAACAACAUUAAUUUUAUAAUAACUUAGAGCGGGUGCAAGUGUGGGAGCCGAUGUAAUUAUUUCAAUUUCUUACCGCGCGUGAAUUUUGAAUUGAAAGUAGUCUGAAAAAAUAUUUAUUCAUAUCUGUGUAUGUAGUUACGAGCAUAAAAUUAAAAUAAAAUGUAGUAAGACAUUUCUUUCUUUUCAAAAUUCACCGAGUUAAGUAUAGUCAGGGCAAUUUUCAUAAGGCGAAGGAGGUCCUAUGAGCAAGAUUGAAAUUAUAUUGUCCUUGUUCCCGAUAUCACGUGUAUACGAAAUCACAUCUCUUGCUAAACUUGUACAAAUCGUAACUACACACGUACCCAGAGACAAGCGAGUAUUGUCCUUGCCUCCCGACUGCACCCGCCCGCAAUAAGUAUUUUACGUUAUUUCGGUUACUCACUCCGCCUAUAAAUGAUAUUAACGCGGCGAUAUGGAAAAUUAACUAUUUUAUUGUAAUCACGUUAGCCGUUAAUUUAAGAGUAGGAUGUUCUACCUCUAAACAAAUCAUAGUUGAUGUACAAUAUUAUAAACUUUUAACAGAA